AUGUCUGAAGGAAAUGUACAAAUUACCAAAGAAGUGAGAGUGUCUGCGGAAAUGACAGAAACUGGCUCCCACAAAUCCGGUUUUGCCGCCGGAUACAAUAGCUCACGACAGCAAAAUGGAAAUGAAGUUAGUAGAAAAGAUGAAUCGCCCAUCAUUACCGCAAAAAAGUUACCCAAAAAACGUAAAUUUGACCCCUCUGAGCUCGAAGAAAUGGAAACGACUUCAAUGGUAAAUUCGGUGCAGGGUAGAAAUGAAUUAAAUUUCGAGCCGCAAGAUCUCACCCAAAAUGUUUUGAGAUCUCAAGGUGUUGUGAUGCCUCCUCAAUCCGCCGCCGUUGAUUAUUCUCGAUGCAUAAAGAUGAGCGUGGCAAGCCAAAGAUCCCAGACUGAAAACAAAACCGAAGACCUACAGUUGAGGAUAGAAGAAAUUCCUCAAAGGCGAAUAAUAUCAGUGCCCAGAAAUGACAGUAUUAAUUUAAGUGAAUGGUGCGGCCAUAGAGUUUUGGCAAAAAGGGAUAAAGUAUAUCUUCCCGGUGUUAUAAAAAAAGCUGAAAGCUCCGGAGACAUAUGGGUCAAAUUUGAUUAUUGUGAAAAUGAAAUAAUUAUGUUCACAGAUGUUCUUGGUCGUGGUAAAUUUGAUGUUAUAAGCGAUGCAAGUCCAUCUGUUGGCCAAGUUGCUCUAGGCAAUCGUGUGUGCGUUCGCGUUGCAGCAAACAAUUCGGAUCCUCAUACGAUAUUCGUUGAAGGUUAUGUGUGUAAUAUAUUAACUUCUCCUGUACAGUUUGUAGUUAAAAUUUAUAGUAAUCCAAAUGAAGAGCACAUUGUGAAACGUGCAGAUCUCAGACUUGUACAACCUCCUUGGUUUGACGAACUCGAAGGCUUAGGACCUCCCGUUGUUUCUCCCCUUAAUAUGAACGGUCGGUUUCAACAAACCAGCACACCUUUACAAAUUCAUCACGUAGUGCCCACGUUGCAAUCAAACGAUGCUGGUUGUUUUCGUUCAGCCGCAACAUCUCCUCUACAUCAAAUAACUACGCCGAUCAGUCUUCAUUCAAAUAGUACAGCAUUAUCAAAUUGCAGUAAUGAAGAUCUCAGACGCCGCCAAUAUGAUGAUUCCUGUGAAAGCGAUGACGAAUUGAGAAGAGAAGAUAUUCUAUUCACUUCUGACGCGGAUGGAAAGCUAUCAGGAAGCAGUAAGCGAAGUAGUAUGCAAAGUCGUGGAAGCACCUCAAGUUUGAUAGAGCCUCGCAGUACAACACCGCGUUCUUCUGCCACAACUCCCAGAUCUCAAGCCGCAACUCCUCACAAAUACAAAAAAGGUGAUGUGGUAUCUACUCCUAGUGGCAUACGAAAAAAAUUUAAUGGGAAACAAUGGAGAAGACUAUGCUCAAAAGACGGUUGCACAAAAGAGUCUCAAAGACGUGGAUAUUGUUCUAGGCAUUUAAGUUUAAAGGGAAAUAGUUUACGUACUGGUCCUGCAAAUAUUCCUCGUAGUAAGGGUAUGGGAAGUAUGGAUGGAGAAGAAACGUCCAGGGAUUCUGAUACUUCACCUAAUUAUAGUCGAAUGAUUACUCAAGACGAAACUGAAGUUGCUAAUAUGCUAGUCUCUCUUGGAUCUUCUCGCUCUGCUACUCCAGCGUUUUCUCCAACGAACCAGGUAUCUUCACCUUCUCCCCGUCAAAAUGUAUUCAUGCCGAUUACAAGUCCAGCUUCUCAAUCUAGCUCUGGUAUGAUAACCAGAUCUAAUAGUCUUGUAUCUCCGAAUCAUACCAAAUGGAAAACUCAGACAUCUCCCUUGCCAUCUCAACAUUUUGUUGGAAGCACCUGUCAAAAUGUUAUCAGGCCAGAGUUAGUUAGGCCAGGCCAAGUUGUAAUGAGCCAGCCAUCACCUAAUCCACAUCCAACUGGCAUGGCAACUAGUGUAAUAAGAAUCUCUCCUAGUCCGUCUCGAACUGUUGCGCCCAGUUCUACGACUCAACGGGUUACUUGGAGAAUCGAUAGUCCUAGUGUUACAUCCCCUCAAAACAAUUGCUCGCGAACUACUGUCAUGUCAUCGGGUUCCCAUCAACAGCAAGGCAUUAUACUUCAAAAGGCGUUGACAAGUGCAAAUAAUAGUAAUAAUUCGAUUGACAUUAAACCGAUGCCAGUGCAAGAAGCUGAACCAAAAAUAAUUAGAACUCAAUCUCAAACAAAUCUCGCUGUUAUGGUACCUAAAAGUGAUAGGGGAACCUUAUAUUUGUUUCCCCAGCAAACUGGUUUUCAUCCAGAGAAAAAAUUAUUAGUUAUUAAGAGUGAAGAUAAUAAAUUUCCUACAAUUAUGGUUAAUCAUCGUGUGCCUAAUUCAAAUGCUUCGACGACUUCGGUAGUUGUUGAUAAAGCGGGUGUCCAACAGGGUAAUAAAAUUGGUGUUCAGGUGUCUCCAAAUCAAAUCGAUAACGUCCGUGCAGAAACAUCCAAAACAAACAACAUAAAAAGUUCGAUACAAAAUUCGACAAAUACUACCACCGUUUUACAAGCCAGCAAUUUAAUACAACCAGUAAUUGUGCAUCCUACGCAACUCCUUCCGGUAUUACCAAUUUCUCAACAGCAAAAUGACCAAAAAGAAAUAAAAAAUGGAAGUGUUUUAACAGUGAACACUUCUCAACAACUUUCUGCAGUGUAUCCCUGGCAAACUCUACUCCCUCUCCUUCCUGCCGUAUCUCCUCCAUCCUCUACCCUGAGUCCUCCUCUCUCUGCACCUCCAGAUUUUAAACCGACUGAUGAAUUUGACGGCGUCGACGGUGAAGUUUUUGCCGCCGAAGAAGACGAUGAUGUUUUCGAACCGGAAACCGUCGAAGUUGGCUACGAAAACACAAAUGGAAAAAGAAGAAGUCAAUCGCUUAGCUCUUUACACGGUAAAGAUCUUCCGAACAACCAAAAGGGUUCUAGUCGAGAUCGUAUACGAAGGCCAAUGAACGCGUUUAUGAUAUUCAGCAAAAGGCAUCGGGCUUUGGUUCAUCAACGACACCCUAAUCAAGACAAUAGAACUGUUUCUAAAAUACUUGGUGAAUGGUGGUACGCAUUAGGUUCUGAAGAAAAACAAAAAUAUCACGAGCUUGCGACUGAGGUGAAAGAAGCACAUUUCAAAGCUCAUCCCGAAUGGAAGUGGUGCAGUAAGGAUCGUCGAAAAUCAUCUACAAGUUCUGUUAAAGAAGGAAGAAGUAAAUUGGGAUCGAGCGAUGAAGGAAUCGAUGGUUUUAACGCGGAAGAAAAUCAAAGUAAUGAACAAAUGCAAUCAAAUGGCUUUUCUACAUCAAAAGAAGAGAAUUCAGAAGGAUCGAAUGCACAAUUAGAAGUUAAAAAUGAACCUAAGGAAGAGAAUCAAACAGAUAGAAAAGAUGACGUGUUUUCUGAUGAUGAACAUAUGACCAAAAAAAUGGUGAUUUGCGAAGAAGAUCCUCCUGUUGAAAUUGAUCUCAAAUGUAAGGAAAAAGUUACAGAUUCUGAUUCUGAGUCUCAGAGUGAUAUGGAGCCUUUGGUAGAAAAUAAAGCUUUUCCACAGCAAAGGUUUAGCCCAGUUUCACAAAUAAAAAGUAAUAAUUCUGGUGAAGUCACGUGUCGACCUAAACCCAUCAAAGCCCGAUUGCCUUCUACGGGAAUAGAACAAAGCAGCAAAUUUCAUCAGAGUCCGGGUGACAAACCGGUUUCCGUAUUGUCAUAUCCUUAUCAUUCUCCGGUAAACCCUACCGGCGUAUCGGGAUUUCAACCCACUGGUGGUGCAUUUAAAACGAUGCCGAUGUCGCCAAAAAUCAUAAAGUCGGAAUCCAUAACAAGUCCUGGUUUCUUAAAAACAACAGUGCCUUUGUCUCCUCAGCAAGUGCAAUGCAUUGUUCCUCUACAAAGUGGCACUCACCUUCAAAAUCUUUAUAUUCAAUCAACCGGUUUUCACAUUCCUAUAUCGGACGGAAACGGUCGUAAUAUAGGAAUUCAACCAACAGGUUUUCAAAUAGUAACUUCGAAAUCAAACAUGGAGCCACCGCUGACUUCCACUGUUAUCGUAACGAAAGCUCAAACGGUUUCCCACGUACCUCAAUCAUCUAAAAUAAGUUUAACUCCUGCCGGAAAUCAACCCACCGCACCUUCUAAAACUAGUAGUUUUUAUACCAUCAACGAAACUCAAAUUUCAAAUGGACUCGAAGAUGAUAAAGAAGAAAAACAUAUUUACAUUUCGUCUAAUCAGCCCAUAACAACUCAAUAUUUGCGUGUCAAACAGGAAUCAGGAGGAGAAGAAGAUUCUAAUCAAGGACCGUCGGAGAAUAAUAACAUCCCGACGGAUGAGAGUGAAAAUCAAAAUCAGGCUUUCAUUCUUGCUCCGACCCCUGCUCAAUUGGGUAAAGCUCCACUUCAAAGAAGGCAAUCUCAAGCUGCGACAGUUACGAAUUCAGGUUCCACGUCAUGUAAAGAAUCCUCUCAUAUCAAUUCUGAUUCAUCCAUGGCCGUGGAGGAAAAAGAAGACUGCGAAGUACCUGAUACUCCGGGAUCCGUGACCGGAAAAAAGAGUUUUUUUAAAAAAAAUGUCGAAGACGGAAUGGAUAGAGUUUUAGAAACGGUGAAUUUCGAAAAGAAAUUUUCAUCUUUACCGGAAUUCAAACCCGAGGAAUGUCAAAGUCCGACGGCUAUUUCCGUUUCCUCGAGUCCUCGAGUCUACACUCAAAAUUAUAGGAAAAAACCGCAACACAGACUAUCGAGUACGGAAGAUGAUGGCGACGGUGAAAACACGGUCGGAUCAACGCCGAAAUCAACGAAACUCGUUGGCAACACAUUUUUUCCACCCGAUUUCAAUUUGGAAGCUUUUAGAAACGAUCCGAGCGAAGGUGACGGGAAUUCCCCGAGAACUCCUAAAACUCCGGGAACUGCUCGGGAUGGGGAAAAAGGUCACCGUCGAAUUCUGGAACAGCGUCGUCAAUUAGUCAUGCAAUUAUUUCAAGAGCAGGGUUAUUUUCCAUCGACUCAAUCAACGUCUGCGUUUCAGUCUUUACACGCUGACGUUUUUCCAACGAAAUCCAGCCUGCAAUUGAAAAUUCGAGAAGUUCGACAAAAAGUUAUGGCGCAGGGUAAUUCGACUCCGAGUGCACUUCCCAGUCCGUUACCGUCUCGAAACGAGCCAAAUCCAGCUUCAAAUCCGGUUGUUUCAAUAGCAGCUUCGACGAACAGUUAG